UGGUCUACUCCCCGUUGCUCUUUGGACUCUGUCGCCAUUUUGAUUCGAGCGCUGAAAACAAGUGAGCAGAAGUUAAACAGCGAGGGAACAGACGACGCUCCGAGGACGAAAAUAAGGUGAGAAACAGGUUUAAUGCGGUUAAGAUAACUCAUGAAACCGAUUUGAAGCUUUUUGAAGAAGAAUUCGCUGUUUUGUACGUUUUGUACUGAAGUACCCGUUAGCCGGUUAGCUUCUCUUUAGCUGUAGCCGACCUCGAGGUGAGCUGGAAACGUUGGACGAACCAUGAGAGAAAUAUCGGAGUUUAUCGGCCAAAUUUGAUCUUAAUUUUUUGAUGAAAAUGUGUUAAUUUUUGAAUGAUAAGUAUGAAGUUUAUUUCUUAAACGGCGCUCAUGUUUAAAGCGUCAAAAAGUAACAAACUAACGUGCAUCAUUUCAACAGUCAUAUCCUAGCAACAAGCUAAUUAGCCUCAGUGGGGCCCAUGUGGUCCAGGAGAUUAUUUUUAACUCUAAUCGUGUUCAUUAAACAGGAUUGUUAAUCUGGACCUGAUUUUAUUAUGAGUUUCUACCGGAUCAGCUCGUUAGUUUCUAUUUAAAACUUUUAAAAUUGGAGUUAAACCGGUUUAAUAAAGUUUCUGGUUUGUCAUGCUGUGGGCUUGGAUUGAGCCUCGCAGAUAUUAUUAGAUCUAAUAUCAGUGUGAUCAGGAAAAGUAGUAUUAAAAUAGUGCCUUUAAAUCAAUAAUGCCCUUUGUGAUUUUACAAUUGAGUAAAAAGGAAACUGAGUGGACAAAAUAAACAACAAAUAAUCAAAAAAACAGGACUCACAGGACAACUUAAACGUUUUAGAAAUAAAAACACACCACAGUAAAAGAACAGGACGCUAAAAGGAAAAGUUUCUAACUUUAUAUAACUAGAGUUUUUUUUAACUUAACAAUAUUUUUAUUAGUUUUAUACAGAUGAAAUGGCUCAGUGACAAAUAAGGGUUUGCAUCAUGAGUAAUUAAAAUGUUUUAAAAAAUUGUGUUAAAAGUUUGCAUUAGGUUUGCAAAGAUGUUUAUUUUGUAUCUCUGUUGGUUUCAUAUAAUUUUUAAAAAGCUUUUAAAUCUUUUUUGUACAAAAUAAUUGAUGGAUUUCCAUUGGGAAAACCACAACAAAAGGGGAAUUAUUUAAUACUUUUUUUCUCCUACAGUGCUUGCAAGUAUACUAAUUAAAUAAAGUUAGUUAAUUUUAAUUUAUCAGAUGAAAAUACAUCUUGUUAGGAUUUUUUUUAAAUUAAAUUGGAUGCAUGGUCCUGAAACCCUGAACAGAUUAUCUUAAUACACCCCCACAGCCCUGAUAUGUACUGGUUUGGGACUUUGUUGUACCCGCAGGAAUAAAGUGUUUAUCAGGGGAAUAAAGAGGAUUAGUCACCUGAUCUCAGAACAAACAGACUGAUAAUGAAACAAAAGAAGAAACUGGUCUGACCAGAUCUGACCCUGUUUGUGUCGGUGAGUUUCAGCUCUGAGCUCGUUAAUGUUAAUGAAACCUGUUUACACCGAGAACGAGAUGAAAUCAGAGCAGAUUCUUCAGAGCGUCUUCAGACUGUCAGUCUCCUCACACUGAGUCUAAAAUUAACUUUUACUCCAGCCAGAGUGAACACGCUGUUCUUCAGUCAUCAAAUAUUAACCCUGGUGUACUCCUCGUUUCCUCGCCAUCUGGUUGGUUAAAUAUUUACCAAGUCUGGUGUUUUUUUCUCUCAUCAGCAGGUAACCAUGAGUGGCUGUCGUAUCUUCAUUGGCCGCCUGAGCCCGCACGCCAGAGAGCGAGACGUGGAGAAGUUCUUCAAGGGUUACGGACGGAUCCGAGAAAUCAACCUAAAGAACGGAUUCGGCUUUGUGGUGAGUCUGACCGCCCGCCUACUGUGCGAGUUUAAAUGUCUGAUCACGUCCUGUUUGGAGGAAAAAUAACCUUCCUGCUGUUUCCGUUUAUCAGGAGUUUGACGACCACAGAGACGCAGACGAUGCAGUUUAUGAGCUGAACGGCAAAGAGCUGUGCAGUGAACGGUAAGAACCUCAUCUCGAAAUCACGCAAACUUAGAGACGAAUCUGUAAACGGAAAAUCAAAACAACCGCAGUGAGGUUCGCUAACGCCGCGCCAUCCUCCGUAAGCGCAUCAUUAUGGUUAAUUUAGCUGCUCUGUUACAAACGGCACUCACUCAUCCUUUAAUCCCUAUAGUUUCAAUCACUUUAUGUUGAUGCAUUUAUAGUUUAACCUCGCCCUUUGACCCCAAGCCUGAUCCAAUCACUGAUGUUCUUGAUACGCUGACUGUGAUCACAGUUUGUUUCAGGGUUUCAUCUUCGCUGCUUCUUCCUCUUCCUUCAGGGUCACGAUCGAGCACGCUCGCUCCAGAAGAGGACGAGGUGGCGGCCCAGGAAUGGGACGUUUCGGUGGUGGUGGCGGCGGCGGCGGUGGUUACCGACCAUCCCGCCCAGCUCCAGGAUCAAGGUGCAUAAACUUAAAAUUUAAAUUUUUCGCUGUCUCAGUUUUAAACAAAGAGAGGAGGUGGAAAAUUCACCUUUCUGGUUUGUUUAAGAGGAGCAGAGAGCAAGUGCUUUUUUUUUUAUUACCGUAUUUUUCGCACUAUAAGGCGCACCAGAUUAUAGAGCGCAUUAAGUCAAACUUUAUUUAACUCCCUCAAUAACUCCGUGAGGCUACGGUAGCUGCCGUGCUCCGACAAGCCAUCAAGCUGUGCGUCUUUGUAGCUUACCAGAAUAGUAAUGAAACAUUUUGACAGAUUUUUGAGCGCCGUGUACCACACAAGAUCCGUUAAAGGUCAGUAAGCACAACCAGAAUUCAAACAUGAGGCGCACUGAGGAUUUUUGAGAAAAUUGCAGGAUUUGAAGUGCGCCUUAUAGUGCGAAAAGAUGUUAUUCAUUCUUCAGUGGGAACUUUAUCCAAAUGAAGGAGUUAAAAAGUCGUGACUUCCUCAGAUUUAAUCUUUAGACCAACGUUUAAGCGUUAGCCUGAUGGUUAAAUAUCGACCCAGCUCUUCUGCGGUCGAGUGAACAUGUGUCAGGACGUCUGAUCUUUGACCGUACAGUGAAAUAUUUUAGAUUUUUUUAUCUUACACUGUCACGUCUGUGUGACCCGGACAGGUACGGCCCCCCUGUGCGGACAGACCACAGACUCAUCGUGGAGAACCUCUCCUCACGGAUCAGCUGGCAGGUAAGCGGUCUCUAAAAAUCCCCGAUGUGGUAUCUUUUAAAAAAAAAACAGAAAAGUGUGCAUCCCCCCUUUAGAGUUGAUGUGUUUUUAUGUAAAAGUGAAGCAGCAUCUCUCUGAGCGGUGGUUCAGUUUAUCCUCAUAGCUGAUUGGCCAAGAACAAACGAAGAAGCCCCCCCCAGUCUGUCUGUGUGUUUUUAGUUUCUUUUCUUUACCUCCAUCUUCACUUUUGUUCCAGAAAAAAAGAGAUUUUUUUUUUCCUCUAACAAAAACAUACAUGACUGUUUUUUUUAUUUUUUUUAACAGCUGCUCUGAGUUUAUGUCAGAGGUGACUGCACACCCCCCAUGGAGGUGUCACACAAGUUUGUAGCGCCCUCUUCUGGUUGUUUUUUCUGAAUAGUGUCCAUUUGGUGCCUCUCCUUACACGCAGUUGCCGCCGGUCUAAAGUCUUGGCUGGGCCCCGUAGCGGGUGAAAGUGGUCUAGCGCAGGAUACGGUAGCCUUAAGAGGUCCGUAGCCACAGUCUGGAGGUUCUGUGGGCUGGCAUCCCCCGACUGCAGUAACCCCCCUCAAAUCCAUGGUCCCUACACUCUCCCGUUUGGGUCUUUUUCUGUUGCUGAUGGAGCUGGGGGGGUGUUGAGUCGGGCGCACACACCCCUCCCCCUACUUGCUCUCUGGUGGUUCCUUACUUGUGGAGGCCGGAUGCUGAGUCAAGGCCGAGGUCGUUUCUCAAGGGCUUAACACUGCAUUGGUUCCCAUUUGCUAUUUGGACAAGUGGCUCUAUGCUAAUAUCUUCCUGGGUUUGGAGCGGUAAGUAGCAUAAAACUCAUGUGAUUGGGUUUUUUCAGGGUCGGGGUUUAGGGGGGUCUAGACUCAGUUUAUCUGUAAAGACUGAAAACUCCUAGAAGUCACGUGAACUCAAGACAAACUGUAAGUAAGAAGUGGACACACACACGCGGGCGGGCGGCGAAGGGUUUUAGCUGAUGGACAUGAUUAAACUGUUGAAGGCAGGAAGUGGCGCUCAGGUGAGAAGGAGGAUUUUGUGUUUUAGAAAGAAAAGCAGCCGGAGUCUGAGUUAAAUUAGAUAUUAUACACAUUUUACUCAGCGAUCAAUAUUAAUGUGAUCAAUUAUGGUGCGUUCGAGUCACCUCAGAAGUCAGAUGUCAGAGCUGAAAAUGACGUCACACCAGAGUUACCAGCGUUUUAGGUACAGUCGUCAUCGUUUCAUCGUCAUUUUCUUCCGCUUCAUCCGUGUCCGGGUCGUGGGGGCAGCAGCUUCAGGAGGGAAACUCAGACAGCCCUCACCCCAGCCACUUCCACCUGCUCCUCCUCUGGGAGGCCACGAGGUCUCCUCCCGGUGGGACAUGUCCAGAACACCUCUAACGGGAGGCGUCCAGAAGGCGUCCUAACCAGAUGAAUCCCCCGGAUGUGGAGGAGCAGCGGUUCUACUCUGAGCACCUCCCGAGAGUCUGAGCUCCUUACCCUAUCUCUAAGGCUGAACCCGGACACCCUGAGGAGGAUCUUUCAGUUACCAAGUCUGAAAAAAGCAAAAUCGGAGGCCUGAAACAAGACGGCUACAUCUAUGAAAGUUAUUUUAGCGCUUUCCUUGUAUUCGGACAAGGCAAGCACUAAAAUAACUUCUUUAUCCGACUUAAGCUGGUAACUCGGGUGUGACAUUAUUCCCAGCUUGGAUUCCGACUUCCUCAAACGCAGCACAACUUUGUGGUUUUGACAGAAAAGCAGCCGGAGUUUGAGUUACAAUUAGCUCUUGCACGCAGUUACAGUAAUCAAUAUUUAUGUCAUCACAAAAAAAAACUACAGAGCGCUCAAUGACGGAGUUUUAUUUUAGCACCACAGUGAAAUAUCGAUCAUAUUUAUCAGUUUUUAUUUAGAGGGAAAUAUUAACCAAAUCAUCAGCAUGGUGUCGCCCCCUGCUGGCCUGUAGAGAGCCUCUGCGUCACCGUUCGGUCCACUUCUUAUCUACAGUCUGUGCAGAACGGCUCUUAAUCAGUUAUUUUUCUACUUCUCUAAAAACAGCCGAGAAAAAAAGUCCAAAAUGAUCCGACAGAGAAACCAAAACUUAAAUCUCCGAUCUGAAGUAGACAGAAACUCUCACGGCUCUGUAAGCUGUCUGGCGUCUCAUUCUGGUGGUGAAUUAGUUUCCUCUGAAGGUCUUGAAAACCAAAAUUGGAGUACGUGAUGAAUCUGUAGAGCCAGUUUAAAGGGACUUUGUGAACCCUGGUCCACACGGAGGUAUUUUCUCUCCCUCUUCCCUGAAAUGUGAGCUUACCUCAGUCUUAGCCAGGUCUCAGUGUGUGUGCUGGUGUCUUGCUGCCUGCUCACGUCUCUCCCUCCAGGUUCUGAAAAGGCUCUCACCGGUUCCUCGGACUCUGUCCGGCCUCACUAAUCCCCCAUUCUGCUUUGAAACAGGACCUGAAAGACCUGAUGAGAAAAGCAGGUGAAGUUACCUUUGUGGACGCCCACAGGACCAAAAAGAACGAAGGGUGAGUUUGAUCUGCUGUCCCUCAAACUCCUGAAGGGUGUCCUCAGAGUCCGGGUCCUAACCAGUGGGUCUGCUUUCCCCGUUUAGUGUGGUGGAGUUUGCAUCUCGCAGUGACAUGAAGAACGCCAUCUCCAAGCUUGACGGGACCGAACUGAACGGACGCAAGCUGAAGCUGUUCGAGGACUGCAGAGGGUGAGAGCGUGAACAAGUCUUCAAGUCGAAAAUCCUCUCAGAUUCUGAACUCGGUUGUUUUUUCUCCCCUGACAUCUGCACGUCGAUAAUUCUGAGGAAGUAAAAGCUCACAUCGUUUUAAUUUUUCAGCAAAUGAACUCGAACUUUUAUUGAUUACUUAAUGCUUUGAUCGGCUCUGCUCCAAAAUACACCAGAGUUUAAACCUGCUGCAGUGUUCCCUGACAGAAGUGAAGGAGUUUUGUUGUUGGAACCUUCAGUCCAGGUCUCUCUAAGGGGUUUUCUUUUUUAAUAUCAUUUCAGGUCAUAAAAUGUCCCCCAAAUUUUUUUAGUUUAAUUUUUUUUAAAUAUCAUCUCAGGUCAUAAAGUGUCCUAAAUUUUAUUUUAUUUUAUUUUUUUUCAAAAGAUAAUUUCAGGUCAUAAAAUGUCCGAAUUUUUAUUAUUAUGUAUUUAUUUAUUUAUUUUUUAAAUAUCAUUUCAGUUCAUAAAAUGUCCUUAAACGUUUUUUUUAAUAUCAUUUCAGGUCAUAACAUGCCCUUAAAAUUUUUUUAUUCACAUAUAUUUUUUACUUUUAUUCAUUUCAGGUCAUAACAUUUCCUAAUUUCUUUUUAAUUUUUUUUCUUAAAUAUCCAUUCAGGUCAUAAAAUGUCCUAAAACAUUUAUUUUUGUUAAAUAUUAUUUCAGGUUAUAAAAUCUUCAAAAAAAAAUUUUUUCUAUUCAUUUAUUUUUUAAAUAUCUUUCCAGGUCAUAAAAUGUCCUUAAUCUUUAAAUUUUUAUUUAACACAUUAUUUUAGGUCAUAAAAUGUCCUAAAUUUUUCCAUCUUUUUAUUUAUUUAUUUAUUUAUUUAUUUUUGAAUAUUAUUUUCAGUAAUAAAAUGUCCUUGAAACCUUUUUUAUUUUUCUCCUAGCGUCUUAUUUCCACCUCAUCCUCUUUCAUCCCUGAACUUCAGGAGUAAAAAUAUUUCUCCAUCAUGAUUUUUAAAAAGAUUUAAACUUCAGAUCUGUCGUUAAAAGUCUCUUCUGUGCUCUGUUGUUCUGUUUUUCUGAUCUUGACCGCGUCUCUUCUGUCUCUCUCCACAGUCACAGUAAGAGCCGCUCUCGCUCCCGCAGCUACUCGCGCUCAAAGAGCCGCUCCAGGAGCCGCAACCGUUCCAGGAGCCGCUCCAGAUCCCCCAGAUCUGCCAGAUCCGCCAGCCGCACCCCAGAGAGGAAGUCAUCGAGCGGGGGCAAGGCCGCCGGCAGAUCCCCCUCCAGAUCAAAGUCCCGCUCCAAGUCUCAUUCCAAGUCCCGAUCCAAGUCCCGCUCCAGGUCUCGCUCCCGCUCCCCCGCCCCAGCUCAGACCAAACAGUCCCGUUCCCGCUCUCGCUCUCGAUCCCACUCCCGUUCUCGCUCCAGAUCAAGAUCCCGCUCCGCCUCAGCCGACAGCAAACACUGAGGUCUGGUCCCCUGAAGGCCGUGACGCAGAGAGGCUCGCCAUCGUCCUCGUUUUUUGUUUUUUUAGGAAGAAGGGGGAUGAUCGCCUUUUUUCACGCUCUCUUUUCAGAUCAGAUCUUUGUGGCGCCCGCAGCGGCGUCUGUUUCUUCUUGUUUUCAUGAGUUUAUUGUGUCACUGGGAAUCAAACCUCCAUGUCAUGUGAUCGUCAAAUUAAAUCCUGCAAGUGGGGAAACAUUUCAAUCAGCGAUGAUUCCCGUCAGCCGGUCCCCGCUGUCCGCCAUGUUUGAUUCCAUCCACCCGUCUGUGCGUGUGUUGAGCGGCGUCAGGUAAGGGGGGGGAGCUCUCGUCCCUCCAGACGCCGGUGUCUUUGUCGGUAACUCGACCUCCUGGCGUUGCCGUGAAACUGUGAUUCUGCUUCUCUGCGCGUGUUGCAUUCACUGCCCCGAUGUGUGAACGUAAAAAGCAAACAUCUCUGCUGACGGUUUCUUUCUUUUCUCUCCUGUUCCGGUCUCUGGAUCUGUUUUAACACCGAUUAUUUCAGGACGGCGUCUUCUUCUCGUUUUUUCUUCUUUGCUUUUAUCGACUUCAGUUUCGCAGCUUCGGCUGUGCGGCGUCAGGUUUAUGAACACAAACGUGUCCGUCAGCAGAGAGAGAGAGAUGUCUCUAAGUAGGUUUAAUAAUAAUUUGAUACUAAUAAAACACCUCAUGCAUUUUGUCUUUUUUUUUUUUUAGUUUUUGUCGAUAAAGAACAUUUUUUAAAACUGUUUGAAUGUGUGAGAGACUCGUACAUGUCGGAAUAAGUCUGCAGUUUAAUCAAAUAAAGCUUUCACAAACUUUGAGCCGACUCAAA